UCCACAAAAAGCCCUAGACCUGUUUCUCUUUCCUAAGCUACUUGCCAAUCUUGCUCUCUCUCUCUCUCUUCAAUGAGUGCUUUCUGAGAUUGGGCUAGACACAUCGGAGUCUGCUUCCCCUUUUUUCAGGAAGGAGGAGAGAAGAGGGAAAAAAAACACAUCUGCCAAUCUUUCAUUUCAUAGUUUUUCCAGAAGAGAAAGUUUCUUCAGAAGCCAACCCAACAUCAUGUAAUUAAGAAGCUAGCUUUUCCAAGUUUUCUUGGAUUUGUUCAAGCUGAUAUCGAUGAUCCUCACAGCCACCAAACUCCAAGAAGAGAGACAAACCCUAGCUAUUGUUCUUGCUCUCUCGUCACUUUCACAUGGAUGCUGUAAUACCUAAUCUCUCUCUCCCUCUCUGUCUCUCUGUCUCUUGAGUUAUUGAGAUCUUCCCUGAGCUGAUCAUCAAGUAACUGAUUUUCAGGUUCUCUCUUGCUUCGGUGUGCUCUUGGGAGACUUCCUUGUCUUGACCAUUAGGCGCUCAGUUUGUGCAAAACAUCUCGCCCAGUGAUCACACGCAAGUAACUUCAAGAAGGAGCAUGAUGAAUUCGCUUCCGGAACUUGAUUCCAUCACAGCCCUCAAUCCCACCAGCACCAACUCCAUAACCACCGUUGCCUCAUCAUCCUCCUCUUCUUCCACUUCCCCCUCGACAAUAACCACUGCUGCCGCCGGCACGGCGGCGACCACGUCGAGCCGAUAUGAGAACCAGAAGCGCCGGGACUGGAACACCUUCGGGCAGUACCUCCGCAACCACCGGCCGCCGCUAUCGCUCUCCAGGUGCAGCGGCGCCCACGUCCUCGAGUUCCUCCGGUACCUGGACCAGUUCGGCAAGACCAAGGUCCACACCCAGCUCUGCCCCUUCUUCGGCCACCCGAGCCCGCCUGCCCCCUGCCCAUGCCCGCUCCGCCAGGCGUGGGGCAGCCUUGACGCCCUCGUGGGCCGCCUCCGCGCAGCCUUCGAGGAGAACGGCGGGAAGCCCGAGGCCAACCCCUUCGGCGCGCGGGCGGUGAGGCUGUACCUCCGUGAGGUCCGGGACUCUCAGGCCAAGGCCAGGGGGAUCAGCUACGAGAAGAAGAAGAGAAAGAAGCCGCCCCAAGCCCCCAUGAUCGCGGCAGCCGGUCGGGUUGAAAAUCAGUAAGGAAAAAGUACUCUUAGCAUGUGGCAGGAUCAAUAAUCGAACUUCGUCGAAUUCUAGCUAUAAGUUUAAAUGGUUAGAUAUGCGACAGUACCAUAUAUCGAAGUUAUUCAGUCUAUGUAUGUCGUGUCUGCAUAGUGCAUCAUAUGGUGAAAGACCUUGUUCUAUAAAAAGCACCAUUACGAUAGCAA